AUGGCGUCUGCAGACGAACGUAACACAAGGACCAUUCACACGGCAGCUUGUUUGAUUAUUGGUGAUGAAGUUCUUGGCGGAAAGACCGUCGAUACGAACUCAGCAUAUAUGGCAAAGUGGUGUUUCUCCUUGGGCAUGAAUCUCAAAAGAGUAGAGGUUAUCGAAGAUGACGAGUCGGAGAUCGUAGAGGCAGUACAGAUAAUGACUGAUCGCUAUGAUUUCGUGGUAACAAGUGGCGGCAUAGGACCAACACAUGACGAUAUCACCUACCAGUCCAUCGCCAAAGCAUUCGGCCUCCAGCUUAAACUUCACGAGGAAUCAUUCGAGCGUAUGAAGAAAUUGAGCAAGCCCCAUAAGUCGGAGCCCAACUUCAGCUGGGAUGUCGAAUCUCCUACUAAGACUGCCCGGUUGAGAAUGGUCGAGCUUCCCAUUGACGAAUCUCGAGACUUGAAGAAGCAGGUUUUUUUCACGCGCGAUGACUUAUGGGUACCCGUCUCCGUCGUUAACGGGAACAUCCAUAUUCUUCCAGGUGUGCCAAGACUCUUCGAGGAAUUACUGGAAGGCAUCAAGCCCUUCAUCAUCAACCGACUUGUAGACCCGGAGGGCAAGGGCAUCGUACGCAUCAUUAUCUCAACGCCACUAGCGGAAAGUGCGGUCGCGCCUUAUCUCACGGAGCUGGCGACAAAAGUCGAGCCCAGAGGGGUCAAGGUUGGAAGUUACCCGCGCUGGGGCAAGACGCAUAAUUCGGUCACGCUCGUGGGACGUGACAAGGACUACCUCGAGAGCCUGGUGUCGGAGGUUGAGACCAAUGUUCAAGGAAAGCGCGUGUCCGUCGAGGGGGAGGACGAUGAGCCGGAAGUGCCAACAUCGUAG